AAUGCUUUAGAAUUAUGUUUGUUACCGGAGGAUAGGGGUCCUUGUUUCGGUGAAAUAGUACGUUGGCGAUACAAUUCAGAAAUCUCCAGUUGUGUCACCUUUAUAUAUACGGGAUGUGACCAUAAUGCCAAUUAUUUUACGUCUGAAGAAGCUUGUGAACGUGCUUGCGGUUUAUUUAGGAAUCAAGAUGUCUGUUCAAUGAGAGUAAAUAAAGGAAGUUGUAAUUUGGGCAUAACUAAGUGGUACUUCAAUAAAAAUUUGGGUGAAUGUCAUGUUUUCAUGUAUUCUGGUUGUGGAGGCAAUGGAAAUCGAUUUUCAAGUAAAGCGGAAUGCCAACAUUUGUGUUCUCUCGAGACAAAAAUUUCAGAAGAUGAAGAUAUAUGUAAAUUCGAACGGGACAGUGGCCCAUGCAUCGAUGCUGUAACUCAAUGGUACUUUGAUAAAGAAGACGAGCAGUGUAAACAAUUCACAUAUGGCGGAUGUCGUGGAAAUCAAAAUCGAUUUAAUUCAAAAGAUAGUUGUGAAAAGAAAUGUGCACAAAAGCGAAAGAAUCGAACUCUAAUUGAUGCACAAAAUUCAGUUCUAAAAUCUACUGGUAGUGCCUUUUUCAUUCGCUUUUUUUGCUUCAUUUUUCACUGA